GAGAAACCGGACCCCUCGGCUCCUCAAUCCUCUCCAGCUGUCAUGUCGACCCCUACCAGUCUUCUCUGCAAGGUCCAUCGUGACCUGCGCGCACAUUCAGCUGCGUCAACUUCACCGCGGGACGUGAGUAUCCGCCUGCCUUCCGCGUUCUUGGCUUCUGCAGAGAAGGGUAACCCCAUGACGAAUCAUCUGCUGAGUCCGGGCCAGAUGCAAGCCUGCUGUGGGCAACUUGAAGCCAGUAGCAUAUAACCAUCGCGUCCGUGUCCUGAGUCUCCAGAUUCUCAGCUGGACCAUUCGACAAGACGUGCAAAGUCCUCAUGCGCCUGCUUGUCUACACAGGUCUACUUUCGUUCCUCUGCUUGGUUACGGCCGACACGGUCGUCGACCUUGGCUACGCGAAGUACCGGGGCAACCUCAGCUUCCCGAACACAGUCGCGUACCUGGGUCUCCCGUACGCCGAGCCUCCCGUUGGAGAGCUUCGAUGGCGGGCUCCUCUUCCGCUGAACACGACACGCGUGAGCCAACAGGCCGGAGGUGCCAUCGUUGACGCGACGUCCUACCCUGAGUUCUGCAUCCAGGGUUCUAAAGGCGAGGGCGAUGCUGGAGGUGCAGGCAGCGAGGACUGUCUACAUGUGAAUGUCUAUGCGCCAGAGAACGCGAAGAAAGGCGACAAACUCCCGGUUCUAGUGUACAUCCACGGCGGUGCCUACGUCGAGGGUAACCCCGCUGACUGGCCAUUUGACCAUUGGAUUCAUCAGGUCCCCUCCGUCGUCAUUGUUUCGGUGUAUUACCGCCUCGACUCGUUCGGCUUCCUCUCGCACCCGACAUUCGCUUCGUCGCCCUCACUAGGUGACCUUAACGUCGGCUUCUCCGACCAGACUGCUGCGCUGCACUGGGUGCAAGAGCACAUCGACGCCUUCGGAGGCGACCCCGGGCAGGUGACGAUUGACGGCCAGAGUGCCGGCGGCUCCUCUAUAGAGCUGCAUCUCGUUGCGAGCGGACAGCAGGGUCUGUUCCACCAGGCCAUUGCGCAGAGUGUUUACCGAACGCCAUUGCCUAGUCCGGAGCAACAAGAACCGCUGUUCAACUCCUAUGCAGAGAAGGCUGGCUGUGGCGGCUUGAACACACUUUCUGACACCAUGACUUGCCUUCGGAAAGCACCUGUCACUGCGCUUGCGCCGGCUGAGGAUGCACCUUUCAAUGGGUCGUACAACGCUUUCCAUCCUGUCUUCGACGGCAAGAUCUUCCCUGAGCGUCCGACACCCGCAGUACUCUCUGGCCACUUCGCAAACGUCACGCUGAUGAUCGGCUCGACGUCGAACGAGACGCUCUCUACCGGGGCCACCAAUUUGGACAGCGCGCUCGAAUCGUUUUUCCCGGCACUCACGCAAGCCGACCUUGCCGCGUACAACCAGGUGUACCCCGUCUCCAACUUCGACAAUUCAAGCCAGCAGGCCCGUGUUGGCACAGGCGAGAGUGAGCUGCGUUGUGCGGUGGAGAUCAUAGGCGGAGCGUCGGCACAGCGAGCCCCGGGCAGGACCUUCGCGUACAGGUACAACACGGCCAACCCAACGACGGGCGACCCACUUGUGGAACACGCGGCUGAACUCUGGAUGAUGUUCCUCGGGUCGAACACUGGGUUGAAUGGCACAGUGACGUUUUCGCCUAUGACGCCCUCUGAGCAGGCCUUCGCGUCCGAACUCAUCGCGUACUGGCUCUCGUUCGUACGCUCGGGCAACCCGAACACGUUCAAGCUCGCGAGAGCACCCACGUGGCCCGAGUUCACGACGGACGGGACACAGCGGGUCGUCCUCACGGAGGGAACGGUGACAAGCAGUGGAAGCACCGUCGAGAUGAUCCCAGCGGCGGAGAAGGAGAGAUGCGCGUUCGUGGCGAGCAAGGCGACGAGCCAGCAGGCGUAAAAAGUAGUGGCAUCUGCGAAUGCAUCAGGACCAUAGCGAACAUGGCAAACAGAGAACUGAACAUAGCACAAGCAGCCAGAAAGGAAUACUAGACAUCCAA